CCGCUGCCGAGCUAGUCUAUCGAGGACCACCGUUUCUGCGCCUAUACUCUCUCACCGCACGAAACCUCUUCUCCCUGUAGUAACUAAACAUGGUAACAUAGACAUACACGCGGCAAGUGUGUGGAUUCUUCUCGAUAAACUGCAUGUGUUUUGUGUGAUAUUAGUGUACGUUUUUUGUGAGAUUUUUUUGAGUGGGUUUACCAAGUGUACUUGUUGAGGAUUACGUUCGUUAUUAGUGCUUAACUGUUCUAUUUACUUCGAUACUUACAAAUCUUUAUCAAAUUUUAUACGAUGUUAUUAACGAAAAGGCAGAAUCCAUGAUAUUUUGUGCAUACCUAAAAUAACAUAUGGGUCGCAGCCAGAGGAAGCUAUGAAAAAACCGUUCUGAAUGCAUAUGGAGCUAAAAGACGCUGUGAUAAUGGACAUUACGGAGGCGUUUCGCAAUGAGGACAUAACGAAAACGGACUUCUUCGAUUUCGUGGUGACGCCGGACUCGAACGACAACCACUCCAUACAGCAGUUCACGAAGCAGAUGCGGACCGUGAACGCGUUCCUCGGCAACGGCGAGACCACGGGCGAGGAGGUCAAAGAGACGAACAACAACAGCAUGCUGAUACAGGACGUACCGACGACCACCUCAGAGGGCGUCACCAACUUCGAGGCGAGCUUCUGGAACGACAAGGAGACGGUGCGAAUAGAGACCGCCAUCCUGGAGGACCUCAACAAGUACUGCUGGAACACCGACGACAGCAACGGCGUAGUGCAAAUCAACGCCAACAAGAACAAUAACAACAACACGGACGGGCAGAUAUACACGUUGACGGUGUUAAACGGUAUAGAUCAGAACGCGACGUGGUACAGGCAGCCUCUGAACGCGAUCGUGAAGGAUGAGGAGGGGUCGGUUUCCAGUCCCACCUCCAUGGAACAUCUGCAAAGCGGUUUGGAUAUCGAGUCGAUACUCAGCAUCAUGCCUGGCACUAUAAACGGUUUUACAGGGACUUACAGUGAAGGCACCAUGAGCCCAAACACUGACGGGUUGAUAAAAUCGGAGACAUACACGUAUGAAGACAGUGGUUUUGCGGACAAUAAGGAAGAGUUAGCUAAUUCGCUGAUAAUCGACACCCCUUUACUGGAAGCUCACGAUAGCUUUAAUAACAACAACAACGAUUGGAAGUUGACUAACAAUAACACCACUAACUCAACUUCCAGUGGGUCUCCGGAUUCCUUGCUGAGGAGCGCGUUGCAAGGGAAAGCUUUCGUAAGGUAUAACGGUAGUACUUCGAAAUCCCCCAAAAUCGAGAGUAACACUGAGUUGAGGCGAGCUCUAUCCACACCCCCUAGCAAAACCGAAACGAUAUUCUUGAAGGAAGAUUCGGAUAACAUACCUACAAUAGUGGCGGGUAUAGACGCUAACGGUAAGGUUAUAUUCGAAGAGCAAAUCAAUACGAGAAGUGUCGAUAGCGAGAACCCUUCGAGUACGCACACUGUGGACGACCUGUUGCUGUCCCAGUUGGACCACUCGUUUCCCGAAGAUUUCGAGAAACUGAAGAGGAUCGCGAACGAAGUCGCGGAGUCUGUGAAUCAGUAUUGCCAAAUAGACACGUCGGCCGACAACACCGUGAACAGUAUUAGUCCCAUAUCGCCGGACCAGAUCGGGAUCCUCUACAACCUGAGCUCGCCCAUACAGAUCCAAACGGCGCCGGUCGUGACGAGCACGAAGCCCGCGACGAAGAAAUACAAGCGCUCGAACAGCGGGGCGAAAUCGCAGACGACGGUGCAAAGCGCCACCUCGACGAGCAACGGCGUGCGCAAAGAGCGGUCUCUGCAUUACUGCUCGAUAUGCUCGAAGGGGUUCAAGGACAAGUACUCGGUGAACGUGCACAUCAGAACCCACACGGGCGAGAAGCCUUUCGCGUGCAGCCUGUGCGGGAAGAGUUUCAGGCAGAAAGCCCACUUAGCAAAACACUAUCAGACGCAUAUCGCGCAAAAAAACGCGGCUGCCGCCGGCGGGGCGGUCCCGGCCACCAAGGCCAAGUCCAGGUAGCCUGUUCAUAGUAUUAUGCUCUCUAUACCUAAACCUAAAUAUGCAGGGGAAGAGCGAGGAAUGGUAAGUUAUUAGAUCCUUGUCAAGCAGCGUCGAAUAGCACGCAAAUAUACUCAUUUGUAGGUUUAUAAGGAAAAAUCAAUGGGGUAGUUAAAUUUUUUCUGACCUAUACUUUUUAUGGUUUUAUUCAAGGCGUUUUGUAAUGUUAAACAUUUCUGUGAAAUCAGAAUUUCAAUUGAGUUUACCGUUUUCGAGAUAUUUACAAAAAAUAUAAAUUUUUAUGACGUCACAAAACUCGCCAUGUGACCAACAUUCUAAGAUUUCUAUUGGUUGAAAAUUACCCUGUUGUCAAGUCUUGUUAAUGAUUUCAUUUGGUUAUGUCAGAAAAUACCCGAAGAGGUUAUGUACAAAUACUGUCACUGUCAGUUGAGUGAAAGAUGGUCACCAAAUUCAUUAAGUACCUAUCUUCCUUAUUACGAGGUAUCAUAUUACUGUUUGAUAUUUCUAAGAUAUAUCUAAAAGAAUAUAAAGAACUAGGCAUUAUACUAAUGAAAUGCAUUUACGACAAAAUAUGAUUAUAAUUAUAGGUACUUACUUUAUUUGUUUAAAAGCUCCAAUGUUCAAUGUAACCAACCAUUCCACAAGAUUCCUCUGCUUUGGAGUCCGUUAUUAAUAAAUCACUUAUCUAAUAUCAAUUACAAAUAACAUAACAAUAACAUUGAUUUUCAAUAAUCUAAAUUUAAAAAAAACAUAACCCGAAAAAAAGAAACGUCAAAAAAUCAAUUCUUCUUCUUCUUCUCAACUAAAAUUAUAGAUCAAGUGGUUUUAAAACUAAAAUAUUAUAACGUGGCGCCAUCUAUCGUAAGAAUCUUAAACUAAACACACUGGCAACCAUAGAAAAAGCUGGCAACGUUGUCAAAAGCCUAGUGACGUAAUUAGGAGAUUUUUUUUUGUAAAUAUCUCGAAAACGGUAAAUUCAAUUGAAAUUCCGAUUUCACAGAAAUGUUUAAAAUUACAAAACGCCUUGAAUAAAACCAUAAAAAGUAUAGGUCAUAAAAAAUUUAACUACCCCAUUGUAUAAAAUUUUUAUAAGUAAUUAAUUAUCAAUAUUUUAAAAUUUCCAUAAUUUUUAAAAAAUUGUUGUCAUUUCAUCGUUCAUAUUUGAGGUCAUUAUUAGCAAAACUCUCUCUUUGCUAUUUGGUUUACUUUUCAGUAGCAACAAAAAACUUUUUAGCUUGAACGCAUUUUUUUUUCAAUACAUUAAUAUAGUAAAUUCAAAAGGAAACGACGUACACGUCAUCAAUCAUUGCAUCAAGUGGAAGUGGUAGUGCAACUACAGAGCGAUAGAUGGCGUUUACAUGCAUAAUACCAUGGGGUCCCUAGAUUUGGGACCUUAGAAUACCAAAAUGUCAAAAGUUUUAUAACCUAUAUAAUACCGCCAAAAGUAUGUUUUUAGCCAUUUUUAAAGACAUUUUCAGCUAUAAAACCCAGAAAUUUUGCCAUCUAAAGUCAGCCUCUGGUAUAUAUAUUAUUAUUUUAUGUAUCCACAUAUAUUUUGUUAAAUAUUCUAAUAUACCAUUAAUAAUAAUCCUAUUUACCUCUCUAACAGCUGUUAAAGGUAACAAAGGUCCAUUAUUAUCCCGUUCUGCCUCAAAAUAGCGUAUUAAGGAUGAUACCAACUCUUUACUUUAUUUUAAUCUAAACAUGACAACAUUGCAAUUGCUGCCAACUUAAUUAAGUUAAAAUGCAUUAAAAUAUUUAAUUACAGACUUCGUUUUAUACAUUUAGUAUUGGUACUAGUGCCCAAAAUUAUGACGUCACGUGUACGUCGUUUCCUUUUAAAUUUACUAUAGGCAUGGCUAAUAAAUAUGAUAAUCGUAAAUAUACAACUCCUAUAGUUUUUCAGAAAAAAAAAUGUUUUUGCAAAUAGAGUUUUGAAAAGAAAAAGGUAAACACAGCGAAGUUAAACGUUAAAUUAUUAACCAACGUAACAUAAAAAAAAAAUUUGGAACACAAAAAAAAUUAGUAUGCAAACGAAAAUAACUUAAAUUAUUUCAGUGUCUUUUACGUUUUGACAAACGUCUUGAUCAUCUUCACUUUUAAAUGCAAAUUUUAUCCAAUCUUUCCCAUAAUGUUUAACCAAUAAACCAAUAAUGAUAGUUUUAUCCCCUUUAAGUUUCUUGCUUAGCAGCAUAUUAUUUUGCAAAUAACCGAUAACUCUUUAAUCAAUUUUAUAUACUCUCUAAAAAUGAAUUGGUCAAAAAUGAGUAAUUUUCAUAGCGAAAAAGCAGCCACUAAUAAUUCUCGUCAA